AUGUCGAGCGAUGACACCAUUCCAAUAAUAGUCGAGUUCAGUGGAGGGCUCGAGAUUCUCUUUGCCAACCAGAAGAAGUGUAAUCUUUCGCUACCCGCCAAAGACGAAUCUGGCAAGCCUACAGACGUUGCUUUUCUAGUGAGAUUUCUUUGCGACAAUGUCAUGAAGGACCCACGUAAGGAACUGUUUGUGCUAGACGGCACUGUACGGCCUGGUAUCCUAGUCCUCAUCAAUGAUGCCGACUGGGAACUAGAAGGGGAAGAUCAAUACCAAGUACAAAAGGGGGAUCAUGUCAUGUUUGUUUCUACGCUUCAUGGAGGGUGA